UGACAGUUCAACUUAUUGUCAAUUUGACAAUCGGUCGUGGUAGCGUAGCAUAUUAUUUUAAAUCUCUAAAUUAUAUUUUAAUAUUAACUGCUAGUCACAAAUAUCAGCUUUUAUAACAUAGAGUAUGUUUUAAAAUUAAAAUGCAUUUGAAAUACAAUUACUGUAUCCUGUUCUGCGUAACAUGGCAGAUCGUAGUGGUAUCCUCAGCCGAUCAUCUACUGGAAGGUAUUUACUGUGGAAAAGAAAAUUGUUACGAAGUUCUAGGAGUUACAAGAGAAGCCACGAAGAAUGAAAUUGCUAAAAGUUACAGACAACUUGCGAAAAAGUUUCAUCCAGAUUUACACAGGACUCCCGAAACAAAAAAAGAAGCUGAAGAAAAAUUUAAGGAGAUCGCCACUGCGUACGAGAUCUUGCGUGAUGAUGAAGAGAGAUCCGACUAUGACUACAUGUUGGACAACCCGCAGGAGUACUACGCUCAUUACUACAGGUACUACCGACGCCGUAUGGCACCGAAAGUCGACGUGCGAAUCGUGAUCGCCGUCACUAUUACUAUUAUAUCGAUAAUACAGUACUAUAGCGCGUGGUCUAAAUACGACACAGCUAUAAAAUACUUCAUGACAGUGCCAAAGUAUAGAAAUAAAGCUCUAGAAAUAGCUAAAUCAGAAAUGAAAGACUAUCAGACUAGGAAUAGAAAAAAAUCUAAAGCUGAACAGAAAGUGGAACAAGACAGAAUGAUCAGGAAAGUUAUUGAAGAGAAUAUGGACAUCAAGGGUGCUUAUGCCAAACCAGAAAUCAUUGACAUUCUAUGGGUCCAAAUAAUCAUUUUACCAUACACCAUUGCACUAUAUAUUUACUGGUACCUGAGGUGGUUUUGGAGGUUCACCAUUAUGAAGCAACCAUAUGGUGAAGAAGAGAAGCUAUAUUUAAUCAGGAAAUACAUGAAACUUGGACAACACCAGUUCAAUGCUAUUGAUGACUCAGAGCGCCAAGAGUUCUUAGAAGAAGAACUUUGGAUAAAAGAGAACUUUAGAAUCUGGAAAGAAAUUAAAGAUGAGGAGGCUAAGAAAGCUCUAGCAGAAAACAAUAAAUACAAACAGUACAGACGGUAUAUCAAACAACAUGGUGUUGGCAGGAUGACAUUUGACGACUCAUAGACUUGUGAUAGUUGUGAUUAAUUUAUUUAAUAAAUUUAGGAUCAGUCCUCCUGUGGCA